CAGAACCAACGAGGCCCCCUACUGGCCCUCAAGGACAAACGGACCCGACCCGAACUAGCGAUCAACCAAUCAAAACUCGAGGGCCACAGACCGCAGAAGGCACUACAGGCGGUCUGACCGGAGGGGUGAUCGCCGCCAUUGUUGUUGUGUGUGCGGUGCUCGUCUUGGCGGGAAUCAUGGCGGCAGUCAUCUUCUUCAUGAAGUCCAAGAAGAAACAAGACCCGGAGAAACCCGUCGUGACCGCCUCACCUGUUAAAGAGAAAGCGGUCGACGACUGGGAUUUGACCUCUACCAGACGCCCAGAGAAUGGCGUUAACGGCAAUGGCCACAUCGCCAGACCCGCUGCUGAGGGGAAGCCUGCAGACCCGUACUUCUACACAGAAGCGCCCCCUAGAGACUCUAGGGAUACUUACUACACCCAACCGAGCAGACAGCCACGCCCCGGUGAUCCGUACUGGACUCCCUCCCCUCCCCCCUCUCAGUCGGGAUGGUCUAGCCCACCGCAAAGCCCUUCGCAUAACCAAGGUGACCUUGACUACGUCCACAUGACCUUGCAGCACGCCCCGGCAGGCAGCAGGCGGCCAAUCGUCGGCAUGGUGUAUGACGCAUGAGUGACGUCAUUAUGACGUACAACAGUCACACAGACUGGCAUGUAGAAGAGUUUUAACAAGACAAAGAAGACAAUACGAAGAAAAUUCUUCAAAGGACAAGAAAAUAAAUGUUAAUAUUUGCAAGAAAUUCUAAAUACUGGAUAUUGUCAGCACGACUUAUCUCCAAGCAGAUGUUAGAGGGAAACUUGUAAUAUCUUCGGACGCAUACUUUGCUAAGGAAUUCUAUUCAAGGAUGGUUCUAGCCUUACAUCUGUAACCAUACAUUUUCAAGACAUGACGUUUUAUUUGAACAUUGUCAUCAUUGAUCCUCUUUGAAAUUGAGAUUGUGUAUAGUGCAAGGCGUUGUAAAUGUUUUAAUACAGAGUGGUUCUAUACAGAAAGUGCAUUAUCUUUUCCAGAUUCUGCUUUAAAACUUAAUAUUCGUUUUGGCUAGAUAUUAAUAAAAUAAAAUCAAUUGUCGGUGAAUAGCCGUUUAGUUGUAAAUAUAGGAAACAUGGUCUUUUCUUGCAUCUUAUCUAUGGCCGGAACUGAGGAUGAGACAUUACCAGAAAUGUCUUUUGAGAUGUCACGUGCUUUGCAAGUCAGUUUGACCGCAAAAAAAAUGUCGGCAAAGUUGCCGCAAUAUGUUUUUGCAAACAGGCACGGUCUAGUGCAAAAAAUACCCUCUUUUGUAAGCAUAUUUUUCCAAAUGGCAUGAUUUUUUUGUAGCUUUAACGUUAACGCAGUAGAUUUACUACUGAAACUGCAGGACAAUAUUGCUUGUAAUGGUGUAUGUAAAUGGUGUUCAUUACAUGGUGACAGAAUCUAAAGUUGAAAAAAAAAUUGCACAUGGCUGUUACAAGGAUGUUAGAUUUUUCGAAAUCCAACAUAUUUAGUUUAUAAGUGAACGUUAAAUUGAAUAACUGGUGUCAGCGAAAAUGUUUGGUGUAGUUUAUUGUCAGAAGUCUGUGGAUAAAAACAUCUAUUGUUUUUUUAAAUUUGUCAGAAAAAGACAAACCUUUGAAUUUCAUUCCAUUGUUUUACUUUGGUAUCUUAAAACCAAAUGAUACUGGAAGUCAAUUGAAUAUAAGUAUCUCAUUGAUUAGAUCGUAGAAUUGUAUGCCGAAUUUGUAAAUUGGUCAUUGUUCUGUGAUAUAGGAUAGACAAUAACAGACAAUGAGAUGAAGCAAUAUUCAUCUCAUAACGUGGUUGUAAAUAAUUGCAAUAUAUAUAUCGCGUGAGAACAAUCAAAGGCAAUGAAGGAUGCAAUUCAAUAUUAAGAUAUACAGAAUAGGGCAAUGUAUUUAUAGUAGAUUCUUUGUGUUGUAGUUAUGUGUGUUACAUUAACAAUGGUUCUAGACGCCGUGUUACAUGAGUAAAAUUUCCUCUAGUACUUUGAAUUUCUAUCGUGCUAGAUUGUCACAAACGUGUACAUCUAUAUAUCAAUUUCUAUUGUAUAUCUGUAAAAGUACCAUGCAAUGUUUAAAAUGGUUAAUUUUUGUAUCUCUACCAAUUGGUGCAUUCUUUACUUUUAUAGGGUUCUCUUCGUCUCUAACAUAUAAAGCCAUGGAACUGUAUUAGGGAAUGUUUGUGAUUAAAAGGAAAAAGGACGCUAAA